AGGCUCACCUGGCGGCCGCGACGCUGCCCGGCUCAGUGGCGUCGGGAACCGCAGAGCACCUGUGGGUUCGCGGAAGUCCUGCCGUACUCUAGCCCGGCCAAGCUCCGCGGGACCCAGCCCGACCCGACCUCUGCCCGGCCCGCCAUGGGCCCUCCGUCCCGUAGCGUCUCCGCGCUCCUGCUGCUGCUACAGGUCACAUCAGGGCUCUGCCAGGAGCCCGAGCCCUGCCGUCCUGGCUUUGGCGCCGACAGCUACACGUUCACCGUGCCCCGUCGACAUUUGGAGAGAGGCCGAGUCCUGGGCAGAGUGAGUUUUGAAGGAUGCACCGGUCGACCAAGGACAGCCUAUUUUUCUGAUGACACGCGAAUCAAAGUGGGCAGCGAUGGUGUGGUUAGCGUCAGACGGCCUCUGCAGCUUCAUAAACCAGAGAUGAGUUUUCUCGUCCACGCCUGGGACUCCAGCCGCAGGAAGCUGUCCACCACAGUUACGCUGAAGGCAGCAGUGCGCCAUCACCGCCGCCAUCACGACACUCUCUCCGAAACCCAGACAGAAGUGCUCACAUUUCCCAACUCCCAGCAUGGUCUUAGAAGACAGAAGAGAGACUGGGUUAUCCCUCCUAUCAGCUGCCCAGAAAAUGAGAAAGGCCCAUUCCCUAAAAAUCUGGUUCAGAUCAAAUCUAACAGGGACAAAGAAAUCAAGGUUUUCUACAGCAUCACUGGCCAAGGGGCUGACACACCUCCUGUUGGUGUGUUUAUUAUUGAAAGAGAAACAGGAUGGCUGAAAGUGACGGAGCCUCUGGAUAGAGAACAAAUUGCCAAGUACAUUCUGUACUCUCAUGCUGUGUCUUCAAAUGGGCAUGCAGUCGAAGACCCAAUGGAGAUUGUGAUUACGGUGACAGAUCAGAAUGACAACAAGCCGGAGUUCACCCAGCAGGUUUUUGAAGGUUCUGUCAUGGAAAGUGCUCUUCCAGGAACUUCUGUGAUGCAGGUCACGGCCACAGAUGCAGAUGACGACGAGAAUACCUACAAUGCCGCCAUCGCGUACACCAUCCUCUCCCAAGAGCCCCCACUGCCUCAGAGCACAAUGUUCACCAUCAAUAGGGACACAGGAGUCAUCAGUGUGGUCACCACCGGGCUGGACCGGGAGAGUGUCCCCAUGUACACCCUGGUGGUUCAGGCUGCUGACCUGCAAGGCGAAGGUUUAAGUACAACCGCAACAGCCGUGAUCACGGUCACUGACAUCAACGAUAACCCUCCCAUCUUUGAACCAACCACGUACCAGGGGCAGGUGCCUGAGAACGAAGCUAAUGUCGAAAUCACCUUACUCAAAGUGACUGACGCCGAUGUCCCAAAUACCCCAGCAUGGCAGGCCGUGUACACCAUAUUGAACAAUAAGGAUGACCAAUUUGUUGUCACCACAGACCCAGUAACCAACGAUGGCAUUUUGAAAACAGCUAAGGUUUGUAUGGUGCCUGGCAAGAUGCAGAAACUGACCUCUUGGAAACUCCCCUGUCCACUGGGCUUGGAUUUUGAGACCAAGCGACAAUACAUUCUGUAUGUGGCCGUGGAGAAUGUGUCCCCGUUUGAGGUCAUUCUCUCCACUUCCACAGCCACAGUCACCGUGGACGUGGAGGAUGUGAACGAAGCCCCCAUCUUUGUGCCUCUCCAAAAGGAAGUGCACAUACCUGAAGACUUUGGUGUGGGCCUGGAAAUCACGUCCUACACUGCUGAGGAUCCGGACCAGUUUAUGGAACAGAGGAUAACGUAUCGGAUUUGGAGGGAUGCUGCCAACUGGCUGAGGAUUGAUCCAGACACUGGUGCCAUUUUCACUCGGGCUGAAUUAGACAGAGAGGACUUUGAGCAUGUGAAGAACAGCACGUACACGGCCCUCAUUAUCGCCACCGACAAUGGUUCUCCACUUGCUACUGGAACGGGAACCCUUCUCCUUAUCCUCUCUGAUGUGAAUGACAAUGGCCCUGUACCAGAACCUCGAAGUAUGGAUUUCUGCCAGAAAAAUCCACAGCCUCAUAUCAUCAACAUCUUUGAUCCAGAUCUUCCCCCCAACACAUCUCCCUUCACGGCAGAACUAACACACGGGGCAAGUGUCAACUGGACCAUUGACUACAGUGACCAAGCCCGUGAAUCUCUAAUUUUGAAGCCAAAGAAAACCUUAGAGUUGGGCGACUACAAGAUAAAUCUGAAACUCGUGGAUAACCAGAACAAGGACCAGGUGACCACCCUAGAUGUGUAUGUUUGUGACUGCGAAGGGGUCGUCAACAACUGCAAGAGGACCAUGCCUUACGCUGAAGCGGGGUUGCAAGUUCCUGCCAUUCUGGGCAUUCUCGGAGGAAUCCUCGCCUUACUAAUCCUGAUUCUGCUGCUUUUGCUGUUUGUUCGGAGGAGAGGGGUGGUCAAAGAGCCCUUACUACCCCCAGAAGAUGACACCAGGGACAAUGUUUAUUACUAUGAUGAAGAAGGAGGUGGAGAAGAGGAUCAGGACUUUGACUUGAGCCAGUUGCACAGGGGCCUGGAUGCUCGGCCUGAAGUGACUCGCAAUGAUGUGGCACCAACCCUCCUGAGCAUGCCCCAGUACCGGCCCCGCCCUGCCAAUCCUGAUGAAAUUGGAAACUUUAUUGAUGAAAACCUGAAGGCAGCAGACAGUGACCCCACUGCUCCUCCUUACGACUCUCUGCUUGUGUUUGACUAUGAAGGAAGCGGUUCUGAAGCUGCUAGUCUGAGCUCCUUAAACUCCUCGGAAUCAGACCGAGAUCAGGACUAUGACUACCUGAAUGAAUGGGGCAAUCGCUUCAAGAAGCUGGCAGACAUGUACGGAGGUGGUGAGGAUGACUAGGGGACUCGAGACAAAUGGGGAAGGAGAUGGGCCCCUACAUCGUGUGACAGAAAAUGCAGGGCUCAUGGUUUCUCAGCUCCCUUCACUUGAGAUGACUUUCUGGGGAAGAGAGACUGCUCGGUGAUGCAGUUAGGAUAGUUGGGAUUUCCACUUUAUAGAUCUAAUCUGUGUGUGUUCGAAUGAUUUCGCCCUAAUUUUUGAAUCUUUUUUUCUUUCCUCACUCUUUAAGUGGUGAUGCUGUCCCAAAGACCCCCAUAUGUUAAUACUUCAGAACAAUAGCUUCAGCCUCAAAAGGUUCUGCUAGCAACUUGCAGAUUUCCUUAAGGGUUUUCGUCUCAUUUUUUAAGGGAAGGGAGGGGUCAACUGCCCUAUUAUUUUGUGUGUGUAUGUAUGUAUGUGUGUGUAAUUAUUUUUAAUUUGUGUACUUUUUUCCUCCUAUCACUGCACAGCACCCCUUGUUCUACUAUCCACUCUUACUCCUUCUGAACCUACAUUGCCCCAGACAGGGGUUCUCUGAUGCAGAAAUUGUGGGGCCCUUUCAGGAUAAGUGUGGUCUUAGUCUGGCCAUAGUGUGACUGGGUAUUAUUUACUCUUAAGACCUUUAAUCUUCUGAGUAUAUAACUUGAAAUAGGUAUCCAUCCACUUACUCGUUGUGCAUAAGAAUGUUUGUUAUGUGUAUGUCAUUACUGGGGUGAUCUGGUUCUAAACAGGAAGCCUUGACCAGAAAGGGUGGUGAGUUUUCAGGUGCCACUCCACAUCUAAUGUUCAUCUAACACUCAAACAAGAGAGUGAUCUAUUCCAACACUUACGGUAGUGCCUCGAGUGCUGCAGCCAAAGACAGAAGGUGUUUGUCCCAGCGGAGAGCAAUGUGAAAAAUGGGUUUGAAGGUGGCAGGAGACAAGUUGUUGAGCCUGGCAAUUUAGGAAACUGAGGCUGAGGAUGGUUGAGGUGGCUCUGCCUCUAGUCCUGAGAAAGAAUGGAAGAAUCUUAACAUGUGACUCCAAUCAGGAUCCUGCUACCAGAGUUUCUUCCUGACAGCCCAGAACCCCCCAAGUGCCUGCUGUUGUUGAUGUCCACAGGAUAUGCUGGCUGAUCUGGAAACAUCUGCCCGAAAUUCCAAGCAUGCAUAGAAAACAAUAUCAGGAAAUCCAAUUUAUUUUCCUUAGGAGCAGGAAGAAAAUAUGGCCCUAAAAUGUGUUAGUAAGGGGAGUGUGGGGAGAACUCUGAUUUGGAUCUUCUUUUAGUUGAAAUGUGAACUUCAAGAACCUUUUGACAACCAUGGAAAAUAAUCUUAUCUAAAUUGCUUUACUGUCUGUCAGGUGUUUUUUGAAGAAAAAAAAAUCAUCCCUGCAAUCACAUCUUGGAAUUGUCUUGAUUUUUCAACAAUUUAAACUCGAAUGUAGUCCUGUAUAGAGAAUGUCACUAUAGUUUUGAGUAUAUAUGUGUGUGGGUGUUGAUAAUUUUGUAUUUUCUUUGGGAGUGGAAAAGGAAAACAAUUCAAGCUGAGAGAAUUCUUAAAUAUUCAUUUUUAUAAAUUUUAUUAAAGAAUUUUGUUAAACAUUG